GGCGGCCCGGGCUGCCAUCCCGAGCGGCGGAGCAGGAGCCCGGGUUCCCCGGCGGCCCCGGGCCGCUCCCUGCCAGCGGGACGGGCGAUAAGGCGGUGUUGGGGCCGCCGUGCGCAGAGGUCACCGCGGCACCCGCGUCGCGGUCGGGGGUGGCGGAUAGCGGCGCUAAAAUCGGGGCUGAGCCUUCGUGAGCCCUUCUGAAUUACGGGGGGGGGUUGUCGACUCAGAGCCAUUUCCUUCCUGAGGAGGCUGGAUGUGCUGCUGGUGCUUGCCGUGAACGUGUCUAGUUGCUGAGCAACGUAAAAGUGCUAAAAUGACUUGAUUCCAAAUGAUUCAUUAUAGCACUAAACAUCCAGAGAUAAAAGCAUUGAUGAAGCCAGACUACAACCUGAUCUGGGUGGUUGUGCUGAUGGUUCUGGCGCAGCUGACUGCAUUCUAUCUGGUUAAAGACUUGGAUUGGAAAUGGGUGGUCUUCUGGGCUUACGUUUUUGGAAGCUGUAUUAGUCACUCCAUGACUCUGGCUAUUCAUGAGAUCUCCCACAACAGUGCCUUUGGCAACAGCAAAGCCAUGUGGAAUCGAUGGUUUGGAAUAUUUGCCAACCUCCCUCUUGGUCUCCCCUACUCCAUCUCCUUCAAGAGAUACCACAUGGAUCACCAUCGGUACCUAGGCGGUGACGGCAUCGACGUGGAUAUUCCUACCAACUUCGAGGGCUGGUUUUUCUGCACCCGUUUUAGGAAGUUCAUAUGGAUUGUUCUUCAGCCUUUUUUCUAUGCCAUUAGACCUCUCUGCAUCAAUCCUAAACCCAUAAGUCGACUUGAAAUAAUAAAUUUAUUGGCUCAGCUGGCCUUUGAUGUGGCAAUAUAUUAUUUAUGGGGAGUCAAAUCCAUUUUUUACAUGCUUGCUGGUUCAGUACUUGGUCUUGGGUUGCACCCAAUUUCGGGACACUUCAUAGCUGAACAUUACAUGUUUCUAAAAGGACAUGAGACCUAUUCCUACUAUGGGCCACUUAAUUUGCUGACUUUUAAUGUUGGCUAUCACAAUGAACAUCAUGACUUCCCCAAUAUUCCUGGCAAGAGCCUUCCACUGGUGAAGAAAAUAGCAGCUGAAUACUAUGACAACCUGCCCCAAUAUAACUCUUGGAUAAAAGUACUGUAUGACUUCGUGAUGGAUGACACAAUCAGCCCAUAUUCACGCAUGAAAAGGCAAUUAAAGGGUGAAGUGAAGCAAGAUUAAACUUCUGGCAACCAAAAAACUUUUGAAAUGUCUGCUUGCUUUAAAGUGGCUGGUAUAAAGGUUUCCUGCUAAAGCUGUUCACCUGUGUCCUGAAUUAAGAUGUACAGCAACAUAGCAAUGCAUCCUUAAGGAUUUUGUAGCAGGCUCCAACCAGCUAUAACAUUCCUCACAGUCCUGAGAUUCGUUGGUUUAAUGUGUCUCUGUUUGCCUAAGGAUCAGUGUUAUAUGCAUAAUGCAAAAUCACCUUGUUACAGAAUUUACUUUGGUAGGUGUUAAAUCUAUAUAAAAUGUCUGUCUGACUCAUAACAGUUUAAAAGUUCUCAAUGUAUUAUACUGCCCUCAACAUGCUAUUUAGAUGACUAGUUUUAAAAUGCUGUACUUACCUGUUAAUUCUAAACUAACAUGAUUUGUUAACUUAAACAUUCUGUUGAAAAUGUUUCCAAACUGAUGGUUGGAAGAACUAAAUUUGCACAGAAAUGUUGAGUCUGCUUUUGUUUAAAUAUGUCAUUUGAAGCAAUGCUUUAAAGUUCCACCUUUUCUACUGAGAGUACCUUAAAGGAGCAAUCUAUUAGAAUGAAACUGGUGUCUUUGAAA